AUGCGCUUCCAAUUUGUCGCAGCGGCAGGCCUUCUGCCAGUGACCGCGCUGGCAGAACCCUGCCAGCCAUAUAAGCUCAGCAUCACGGCCGCUAGAUCCUCCACAAGAUGGAUGGACUGCCAGCCCGGGGAAUGCGACGGAAGGAUGCAGAUGUUCGACGUUACCGUCAACAACACCGGCACAACCUGGGUUGUUUCUCAGCCAUCCGUUACCGUCACCAUUAACGGCACCGGCCUCACAACGUACCGACAUGGCAAGAUUAUGCGGCUUCGCCCCGGCGACUCUGUUAUUGUGGAACUCGGUGUACAGACCGAGGUUAUCGAUGUUGACCGACCGGUCAAUGCAACCGCCCACUGGGACGACGGUGGCUCCUGCCAAGACUCCACUACCCUUGGCUUUACUGAUACAUUGUGA